AUGAGUGACGCCUUCAGGUUUAGCCCCAGGCUGAUCCCCAGGCUGAUCCCCAGGCCCUUUAGAGACUCUACUGCUUGUUUACUGCACUGGGCCAGAGCAAGUUCCUUACCACCCCCCAGACCCACACCUACCCAGCUCCACACGGCCUGCCUACACCUACAGCCACACCUACCCAGCCCCACACCGGCCUGCCCUACACCUACAGCCCACACCUACCAGCCCCACACCUAUCCAGCCGGCUGCCCUACACCUCACGCCCACACCUACCCAGCCACACCUACCCAGCCCGACCUGCCCUACCUACAGCACACACCUACCCACCCCGCCUGCCACACCUACAGCCCACACCUACACAGCCCAGCCUACCAGCCCCAGCCUGCCCUACACCCCAAGCCCACACCUACCAGCCCAGAAUGCCCUACACCCACAGCCCACAUACCCACCCAACCUGCCAUAUACCACACCCACACCUACCAGCCCAGCCUGCCUACACCCACAGCCACACCUGCCCUACUCCCACAGCCACACCUACCCAGCCCAGCCUGCCCUACUCCCACAGCCAACACCUACCCAGGCCAGCCUGCCCUACACCCACAGCCCCACCUGCUCUACUCCCACAGCCCACACCUGCCCUACUCCAGCCCACCUACCCUACUCCCACAGCCCACACCUACCCAGCCAGCCUGCCCUACACUCACAGCCCACACCUGCCCUAUCCCCAGCCCACACCUACCCUACUCCACAGCCACACCUACCCAGGCCAGCCUGCUACACCAACAGCCCAGCCCACCACUACCGCGCCAGCCUGCCCUACACCCACAGCCCACACCUGCCCUACUCCACAGCCCACACCUACCCAGCCCAGCCUGCCCUACACCCACAGCCCACACCUGCCCUACUCCCACAGCCCACACCUACCCAGGCCUGCCUGCCCUAUACCCACAGCCCACACCUUUUCAUCUCAGAGUCAUCUGUUAG